GCCAGGGAAAGAGGAAGGUCACAGCUGUGAGUGUGUGAGAGGGACAGAGAGUGCUAUGUAAUCAAUGUGAACGAAUCGAUGCCACACAGUUUCUAAAAUUGUGAGCUAUAAAUAUAAUAUAAUCUUCCCAGGACUGGGAAACCGAAAGUAAACAUGCCUGAAGCCCAAAUAGAAUUGGAUGUGCAAACAACAAUUUUUGAAGCAGGAAUAUUGUCUGGCUUCCGGCAAGCAAAGGCGUGGCUGGGAUAAUGAGGUAUGGGCUUUAUAAAGGGCGUGAGAGAGAGAGAGAGAAAGGCGUGGCCUUGGAGAGUGAGAUUAGGCUUCAUAAAGGAGUGAGAGAGAGGCGUGGUCUUGAGAGUGAGGUAUAGGCUUUAUUAUGGGUUAGAGAAAGGCGUGGCCUUGGAGAGUGAGAUUAGGCUUCAUAAAGGAGUGAGAGAGAGGUGUGGUUGUGAGAGUGAGGUAUAGGCUUUAUAAAGGAGCGAGAGAAAGGCGUGGCCUUGGAGAGUGAGUUAUAGGCUUCAGAGAGAGAGAGAGAGAGGUGUGGCUUGGAGAGAGGCGUGGCCUGGGAGAGGGAGAGGUGUGGCCUGGGAGAGGGAGAGGCGUGGCCUGGGAGAGGCGCGUGGCCUGGGAGAAUGAGGGAGAGAGGCGUGGCCUGGGAGAAUGAGCUAUAGGCUUCAUAAAGGAGCGAGAGAGAGGCGUGGCUGUGAGAGUGAGCUAUAGGCUUCAUGAAGGAGUGAGACUGAAGCCUGAUCGUGAGAGUGAGGCCUUGUAGAGUGAGAAAUAGGCUUCAUAAUAUAAAUAUAUAUAUAGAGAGAGAGAGAGGACACAGGCUUGACCUGAGAGGUAUAGGCUUUAUUACGGGUGAGAGAGAGAGGACACAGGCGUGGCAGGGAGGGCGUGUCAUAGGCUUUAUUAAGGGGUGAGAGAGAGAGAGAGAGAGAGAGAGAGCGAGGGAGAGGAUGAGGUGUGGCCUGGGAGAGCGAGGUAAAGGCUUAGUAACGGGGGAGGAGAGAGAGGAGAGAGAGAGAGAGAGAGAGGACACAAGCUUGAACUUUGGGUCACAGCGGCGUACACCACCACCGUGUCAGCAGAGUCCUAAACAGCCGCCGGCCAAGAAGAGGAGCGCGGUUCCCGCCGUGGUCCCCCAGAGGAGGAGCCUGAGGAGCCCGGCCCGCAGCAGGAGGGACCCUGCCGGCCCCGAGCCCCGGCCCCCCGUCGCUACGCCCGCCCGCCGGCGGGAGGAAAACAACCGGAAGGGACCCCAGCCUCAGGGGGAGAACCCGCCCGAGGGGAAGGUGGAGGAGGAGCAGCAGCAGCAGCGGCAGGAGGCGAAGGAAGUGAAGCGGGCGGAGAAGGCGCCGCAGCCGCCCAGGCCCAAGAAGACGCCCGUGAAGAAGACCACGACGACCGCCGCGAAGAUGCCCUCGGUGCAGAUCAAACCGGAGCCGGAGGAGAUGGAGUGCACGGCAGGUGUAGGCGAGGGCUCCCCCGCCCCGGCGGACCUGAAGGUGAAGUCGGAGAUCCAGGCCGUGAAGCUGGAGUCCCUCCCGGGGGGCUCGCCCGCCCCCUCCCCCGCCGCCCCGGCCGCCCCCGCCCCCGCAGAGGACCAGACGGAGCCCGUCGACCUGUCACUCAACAAGCCACGCCCCUCUUCACUGCCGGUAUCCACGGCAACCACCACCGCCAACCCGGCCCCGGGCGGUGCCGGGGCUCCACCCAGCCUCACGUCCACGGCCACGCCCAUCCCCACCACCACCUUGCAGUCGCUGGGCUCCAUGGCUCCCAGCUUCAUAUCCCAACACGGAGACUACAUUUCCCAAGAGCUCCAUUGUCUCCCGGCACACAAGACACUGAUGGUCCUGUCCCCGGGCUCCAUCCUGGCCACGCAGGGCGCAGGCGGCCAGCAGAUCCUGCACGUCAUCCACACCAUCCCGUCCGUGACCAUGUCCAACAAGGUGGGCCAGCUGCAGACCAUCCCCGUGGUGGUGCAGUCCCUGCCCGUGGUGUACACCACCAUGCACACGGACGCCGUGGCGACCAGCGCCAUCACCGUGCCACUCAUCGGCAGCGACGGCCGUUCGGAAGGAUCCGUGCUUAUCAAGCCCGGCUCUGCGUCUCCGGUGGAGUACCAGAGCGACAGCGACUCGGAGAGCGGCACAGAGUCCGGCUCCGCCUCCUUCAGCACGCCAGGCCUCGACUUGGGGUCAGGUGACAUGGAGCCCGUGGACCCCGACUUUCCGGACGUGAAGCGGAGACGCAUCCACAUGUGUGACUACGACGGCUGCAAGAAGGUGUACACCAAGAGCUCCCACCUCAAGGCCCACCGGAGGAUACACACAGGUGAGAAGCCCUACCAGUGCACGUGGGAGGGCUGCACCUGGCGCUUCGCCCGCUCCGACGAGCUGACCCGACACUUCCGCAAGCACACGGGCAUCAAGCCCUUCCGCUGCACCGAGUGCGACCGCUCCUUCUCCCGCUCGGACCACCUGUCCCUGCACCGCCGCCGCCACAUCAUGAUGUGACCUCUCUCCGGACCCCCCCCCCCCCCCCUCCCCCCACAAACCCCAUUACAACGCCUCUGCUUCCUGCUACCGGGAUCCUCCUUUCGCCCCACCCACUACACCCACCCACAACUUGUCGGUGCCCCCACCCCAACUCCCAGCUUCCUCACCUCAGGAUGUCGCCGCGGUAACCCCCCCCCGGCCGCGGCUCGAUAGAAGCGCGACUUUCAAAGGGGCGAGUGGAAAAAUGCUGAAGAGGAUGGGUGGAUUGAGACAGACCGGACGUCCCUCCGUCCCGCCCUCCGCCCCUCCCGGCGGUCCGUCCCUCCAUCCAGCGGGGCUCUGCCGGGGGGAUGGACGGACGGACGGGAGAGCAGACACGACACCAGACAGGAGACUGAGGACAAACGAGAAGAGAAGACCUGUCUGUUUUAGUUGUUUUUACUCUUCUGGUCUAUUUAGAAAUGAUUAGAAUUUCAGUUGACUGCGGCCGUGUUGCUGUCCAGUCAAUCGUCAACCGCCCCCUCCGACGUCGGCUCCACCCCUCCGGCGUCGGGCCGAAGAGAGGACAAACGCGCGGCAGAGAGCCUAUACGUUGCUUGCUGGGUCGAGGUUUUUAACGAGUUGAGCGAAUACCUUAUUGCGCUAGAAUUCUCUGGAACACACACAUACACACACACACACAUACACACACCAUCCUUGGUUUUUCCUGUGAGACAUGUGGAGCUCACUCGAGGAGUCCUCAAGGCUGGAAUAACGAUGUGGUGUGGACGGUAGUCUGUGAGGUAGUAACUUAAAGGUAGGCCAAAGUCACCAUUGCACUGAAAGUCCUUGAUUACACAACAUCGUCGUCCAUAUGGGAAGUGUUUAACGAAAACUAAAAAAAGUAGCCAGGGGGGACGGGGAACGGGAAACGCGAUACGAUAAGACACACACCUGCGGGGUGCGUCGUUUCCUUGGAAACCAUUCUCCACAGGAUGAACUCAAACUGUUUACCCCCUCCCUCCCCCCACCGUGUCCGCUUCCCCCUCCCUCUGACCCUGGCAUAGCGUGCUACAAGACUGUGAAAUGUUUAUCUGAUUUGUCUAUUUUUUCUUUCUUCUGUUUUUUAAUUAUCAAUCAUAGCUGUUGUUUCAGUGACCCCUGCCCCCCACACCCCUUGAAAUACGCCCCUGUCCAGAGUUGUUGAUUAAUAACAGUAUUUGCAUUUAUUUGUGGUGGUUGUUGUUGCUGUUGUUGUUUUUAUGAAAAGAAACAUGGCCUUUCAGUUUAAGUUUCAUUUUUUUGGGUUGGUUAUUUCUUCUUCUCAGAGGUUGAUUCUGGUAUAAAAAAAAAAGUUGAAAGAAGUGAAGUGUUGAACUCUUGGCAAUGCUUGACAAAAUCCCAGUUGGUUUGGUUCAGAUCUAUAUAGUUUGUGUUCCGAGGCUGUGGACUUCUUUUCAAAUAUACACAAACGUGAUGAGAUUACUUAAGCAAACCUCUCACAGGGAAGCUCUCCUGAUUCCCUGUGUGUGUGUGUGUUUGUGUGUGUGUGUGUGCGUGUGUGUCUGCGUUUGUCUGUGUGUGGUUGCGCGUGUGUCCAGAGUGUUUUAUCCGUGCAUGUCAGGCCGUGUGUCUUGUGUGUGCACGUGCGCACGCGUGAGCUCCUGCAUGCGUGUUUUGUGACAAAGCGCAUUAUCAGAGUGUAUAGGGUUUUUAGUACGAGUGUGUGUGUGUGCGAGUGUGUGCGUGUGUGUGUUCCGGGCAACUGUUGUUAGCUUGACCUCUUGCCUGUUGAGCCUUAACGAAAUAUUGAAGUCGAUCUGCAACGGUUUGUGCGGGGCUGAGGACGGACAAAGCUUUGCUUCGACGGUACUACUCACCUCGUGUUGGUUUCCAAGGCUGUGCGUGUCCCACUGAUUCGGGACACGUUUAAUUUAUUGUUUCACUGGCUAAAGGCUCCAAGGUCAACACGGUCGCCAACGUCGCCGUUUUUUUGUACAGAGCGCAUGUGUUCCAGCACGCCCCCCUCUGACAGGGCUACCCGUGGGCCAUCUCGUUGUCUUCCCAGCCUCCCACUCCACACUGAGAACGAGCAGAGAGACAGCGACCGUGCGAGUCAUCCCAACUCCGCCCAGCAACUGGCUCCUCAAUCAGGUUCUUUUUGGAAAAAUCUUUUCUGUUUAUGAAAAACAACCAUCAAAAGAAGCCCAAGAGUUGCAUUUUAUCUGCUUAACAUCUGCCUGCUUUGGAGCCAGACGAUAGGCCCGGUUAGCGUUCUCUGCCUUCUUCUGGCUGAGGUUCAGUAACAUUUUUUGUCGAUGACAUCAUCUGGGACCCACCGUGGUACAGGCCAUCUGGCCCCUUGCCGUUGCCUAGCGACGGCCUCGAGGCAGGCGGAUUGGAUCCCUGACGAUGGUCAAUCUGUCGGUGAGGUGGCUCUGGGCGAGACAGGAGGACGCUGGGUUGGCUUGUAGUUCAGACCGCGGUGGUCUUGUCACACUUCCCGCUGCCAGUGCUGGGCUAUUAAACCGUUGGGCGGUGGUGUCUUGUUCAGGGUGAAUCCAGAGAUGUCUCUGUACACAAAACGUCCACAGCACCACCAACCCCCCCCCCCCCCAUGCCCUCAUCCUCCCGGGGAUCAGCCUGUGAAUACGAAAUCUUUGCCUUACUGAAUUUGGAAGUCGAGUAGGACAUUUUUGAAUCAGGUUUCAAAUGAAAUCUCCCUUGAUUCGCUUGUUUCGGAUCGGCAGAGUCCCUGUCUCAAGCAGGUGGGCUUCUCUGUGGGGCUGAACUGAAUUAUGCAACCUAUUGCACACCUUGUUCGGGAAGCACUGAGGACCCGUUUGUACUUUGGGAGCUUGUUGGUCCGCUGUUGCGGACCAACCACAUCUUAUCAUAAAAACACCUGUCUCCCCUCCAUGUUGCCACUGGCCUUCUGAAAGAAAAAAAAAGCACAGACAACAAAUCUAUUUUAGUAUCUUUAAAUGACCGCUAUAACGCUUGGUAUUUUGACCUAUCCCUUUAAAGAAGUUCAAACAUUAAAAAAAUUCGGGAAUGCUGUGGUUCUUAGCCAAUCAGAUGUUUCCAUCGUGAUCUCUAUUGUUCUAGGGGCUGGCAAGCCACAGACAUCGUCACGUUUCUGUUUACUGCUUAGGGUGAUGAAUGCAUGGCAGGCAUGCGACGCAUCAUAACAAAUCCUCCUAACGUCUCACUCGACCGAUGAUGCCCGUUCAGAUCCGACGUGGGGUAAUCUCAUCAACGGUUUCUCAUUCGUUUGAAUCUAGGGUUUUUCGUAUAUAUUUAUUUUUUUGGAUCGAAAAACUGAUAACAUUCAAGGUUUUCACUGUUUUCAAAACACUUUGAAAAAACAUACAAAAAGGCAGUCUCUUCCCUACCGGUAUCCAGAGAAAUGAUGUUUGAUCACAUUGAGACACUUGGCGAGGAAAGUUUUUUUUUUUCUAUCAUUUUUACCCAAUUCAGGAAGGCGCAACAUUCCUGUGUCUGUCGCCCUCUCUGCUUCAUUUAAAAAAUGUAUAUGUUACUAAGCACAUCUUUCUAGAAAAAAAUAUAUGCAUUUGAUUGCAAAAAAUUGUAUUUCUUUUGUAAACUGUUGAUAAAGACCUAAUGGACAAUGAGAAAUAAGAGAAGUCGAUGUACAUACGUGUAUAUAAUCAAAGUGCAGAGUUAAUGUUAACGGGUGAAUCUCUAUUUUUAACACUGACUAGAUAAUGUGAAAGAUAUGCUUCUGUUUUUGUCCUUUCUGUGUCUUCUUUUCAAUCUAAUACAUUUGUAUCCUGAUUUCUUGAGGAGAAAAAAAGGUCCCGGUUUGUGUUGUGCACAUUUGUGUUGCAUGAAGAGUAUUGGUUUUAAAAGUUUGUGUGCGUGUAUGUGUGUGUGUGCGCGUGCGUGUGUGCGUCUUUCAAACAACGAGGUGCUCUUAUCAGUGGUCUUCGAAACAUCUUAAACCCAUCAAAACAUGUUGUGACCUCUGACCUUUUCUAUCUUUGAAGGGAUCCAUUCCUAUUGGUCCAUCCGUGCCCCACGCUAACCUAAUCCUAUAAUUAGGAUUGGUCCUCCCAAGGAUGUCACUAGCGCUUUCGACCUCCAGUAUCAAUGUGGUGAAGCUAGGGUCCAUUUUACCAUGACAUUCACUUGAAAGACAACGUGUUCCACAUCAUAUGAAACUAAAAUGAGAAAUUCUAAAAUAACGUACGCAUAUUAGUUGACUUUGUUAAUCGUCCGGUCGACACGCGGGUAAAGGAACACCAUGUUCACAGCUUGCGUGGAAUGGGAAGCGUCUGUAGCCGAGGGUGUGAGGAGGUUCUGGGACACUAGGGGGAGCACCUGGCGUCAACACACGUGGUUUGGAUGCUCUGACUCGCUUGCCUUUUUGUCCGUCCGUCGGUCUGCGGCUCAUGGUUGUGCUUUGACUUUCCCUCUGUUUUCCGCUUAUACAUCUUCUUCAUCAAUCGUUUCUAGGUAUUUUAUAAUGAAUGCAGUAACUGAUGGGCCAGUACUAUAUUUACUCAGUGCAAUGCAGUUAUCGUUAUAAUAUUACAAGUUAUACAUUUUUUUAUGUAUUUUUUGGUUUUGUUUGUAUUUGUACAGAACAAAUCUGCAAAGAUCAACACGGAAAACGAGAGCUUUUUUAAUACUGUGAUCCAUGGUGUUGAGAAGUCGGUUUGUCCAUGUAAAGUUGUGAUCAUCCCCUCCCUUGCCCACUUCUUUUAUAGAAUAAUAAAAAAAAAUGUUUUUGGUGCA